GUUCCAUGGGCAUUGUAUGCCUGCGCCUCCAACUAUGACGAGCAUCAAAAGGCUAUAGUUAGGGCUGAAUGGUUGACAAAAAUAUCAAUAAUAAUCAAAAUGUAGUAUAUAUAGCAACGAGCUUGUCCUACGAAGGGAACAAGUUCUCGAAACCAACAACUGCUUCUGACUGCUACAGGCAAGGCAAUUUAUCAAGCCUUCUAUUCGGUAUCUACUUCCACACGAGUUUUCACCAUGAAAUCCGUAAGCAUACCGUUGUUAUUUCUCGCUUGCUCAAGUUUUGUCUUUGGGCUUCCACACGUGGGAAAGAAAGUUCACAUAUCUCAGCCAGCCAAGCGAAGCAACAACUCGGAUCCAGGUUCUAUGCUUCAGCUAAGUUCUGAUGAGGACUUCCACUUUGAGAUUCUCCGGGCUUUAGCUCUUGCACCUUACCAGGGCUCAGAUGUGGGCGAAGUCUUAGUUGCUGCAAACCAUAUUGUAGCGGGAGAUUUCGAAAGCUACUACAACGCCUUCCACAGCCUCGCUGAUAGGGUUCACAACCAAGCGAGUGCAAUCGACUCAAAUCGGUAUCCUGUUUCGGCGAGGAACGCACUCUUCCGAGAAGCGACCUACUACCGCUCAGCCGACUUCUUCCUCCACGGCAACUGGAACGACUCCCGGAUCAACACGCUCUGGACCAAACAGCUCGCAGCUUUCGACAAGGCGAUUUCGCUACUUCCGGUUCCCGGCGAGCGCGUCACGCUGCAGGGCAAGGGCUUCCAGAUCCCGGCUAUCUUCUUCGGCAGCGGCCAGCCGGGCCCCCGCCCGACGCUUCUCAUGUGCAGCGGCUACGACGGCUCGCAGGAGGAAAUGUACCACUCGAUCGGGGAGGCGGCCCUCCAGCGCGGCAUCAACGUGAUCUCGUUCGAGGGGCCCGGACAGCCUACCGUGCGCCGCGAGCAGAACAUCGGCUUCAUCCCGGAGUGGGAGGAGGUCGUGUCGCCCGUAGUCGACUACGCGAUUUCGCGCAGCGACGUCGACGGCGAGAAAAUCGGCCUGCUGGGCCUCUCCUUCGGCGGCUACCUGGCGCCCCGCGCCGCAGCCUUCGAGCACCGUCUCGCGGCCGUCAUCGCCUUCGACGGCCUGUACUCCUUCGCGCGGGCUAUGUUCGACCAGUUCGGGCCCAAGAUGGAAGCGCUGUUCCGCGCGGGCAACGCGACCGCGUUCGACGCGAACAUCUUCGCGCUGCUGGCGCGGCCCACGGGCGUGCCGACGUCCGCGCGCUGGGGCAUCGAGCAGGGCCUCUGGGCGUUCAAGGAGACGAGCCCGUUCGCGUGGGCGAGCAAGGUCGAUAAGUAUACGCUAGACGGGGUUGUGCAGAAUAUUACUGCGCCUGUGUUUGUUGCCGAGGCGCAGCACGAUAUGUUCUUUACGGGGCAGGCGAAGAUACUUGCGGAUAAGCUGGGAGAUCUUGCUACGUAUCAUCUGUUUGAGUCGGUGGAUGGGGCGGGGGAGCAUUGCUCGUUGGGAGCGGCUGUGUUGAGUGAUCAGGUGAUUCUUGAUUGGUUCCAGGAUGUCGUAUCGUCUUCUUGAUGGGUUGGUUCAUGGUUGCUUGUGUGAUAGCUUUGGACUGGAUUGCUGGAUUCCGUUUAGCAGGAUAGGGGGUUAAUUAGAGAACAUUUCACUUCGGUUUAUAUAUUUCUCCAAUAUACACGUUUAGACAAG